UCCUUGUUUAUCCGAUUUCUACACUUUACCUUAUCUAUACUUGGAAGAACGUGUUAUAAAGGAAGUAGAAUCAGUCAAGAUGUUUGUCCGGCUGGCUUUAGUAGUUUGGUUUCUCUAUGCUUCUUCAGUUAUUGGAUUAAAUACCUCGUGUUGUGAUUUUUAUCAUCUGAAGAGACAGAACGGAGAAUUGUGGACCUGUGGAAACUGUCUACCGGGAUACCAUUUCGUUGAUGAUUGUGAAUUCAAUGGUGGGAGCGCUAAAUGUUCUCCUUGCCCAUAUGGGUAUUUUAUGGAAGCCAGAAAUGUUUUCAGAGCAUGUAGAAAGUGUAAAAGAAGCUGUCCCUACAAUACGAUUAUCAAUUUUCACUGUACCUCCACAUCGGAUCUUAAAUGUGGCUGUACGAACGACAGAUAUCUCGACAAGGAUGUGUGUGUAACAAAAACAAAAUGUCAGCCGGGCUAUGGCGUAGACGGAACCACUUAUGAAGGAAAUACGAAAUGCGUCAAAUGCCCAGAAGGCACAAUCUCAGAAAAUAAUUCCUAUGAAGAAAAAUGCAUGCCUGACACGGAUGACUGUAGGUCACUACCUUGUGUAAACAACGGCACAUGUACGGAUUUGGUUAACGAUUUCAUUUGCACUUGUCCUAAAGGAUUUUCCGGUCGAAGAUGUGAACAUGACUCAGAUGACUGCGUGCCAAUGCCUUGUAUGAACAACGGAACAUGUACAGAUUUAGUGAAUGACUUCAAAUGCACUUGUCAAACAGGAUUUUCCGGUGGAAGAUGUGAACAUGACACCGAUGACUGUAAUCCAAUGCCUUGUAUGAACAACGGCACUUGUACGGAUUUAGUGGAUGACUUCAAAUGCACUUGUCCUGGAGGCAUUUUUGGUCGAAGAUGUGAACUUGCUACCCGCUGUGAUACUCAACCUUGUCAAAAUGGAGGACGAUGUGUACCGGAAGGGAUUUUACAUCUCUGUGAUUGCCAAGAUGGGUUCAAAGGAAAAAACUGUGAAGAUACAAUUCCCUCUAGUAGUAAGCUCCUAAUCAUGAGCAUAGUCCUUGGAGUUAUCUUAUGUGCGAGUGUGUUGGUUAAUGUCGUCAUGCUUGCAUGGCGUUUUAAAAGAAUAUGGAGUUCAGCACAUGCAUCAAAGAAAGAAGACAGGAAAAAAACAACAUCCACUGUACAAGAUAGUUCUGCCAUUGACAGUCACAAAGAGGACGAUGAACUUGAAGGAAAUCCUGAUAGCAGCCAAGAGCAGCCUUCGGAAAAUGAUCCACUUUUAGACGGGAAAAAUAAAGCAUCCCCUGGAAAAAAUACUUCUUCCAAUGGCAGUCACAAAAAGGGCGAUAAACUUGAAGACAUUGCCAGUCAAUCACCCGGUGGGCGAGAUUCUAUCCGACCCAAUCGUGGUUCCACGGUGCCUGACUAUAAAGAUGGAGACAAGAGCAAUUCAUCAUCGCCUAGACAAGAAACUUCCAAUGGCAGAACCAAAACCAACAAUCACCCUGAAGGGAAAGUAAUUCCAACAGGAGGCCAACGGCAACCUUCUGAAACGGAUCAUCAUUUAGGAGAGAAACAAAUCAACGCCGGAGAAAACAAUCAACACACUGAUAGUAAUUUGACCAACAACGAAGCCAAUGGCCAGGAAGAAAAAGAGAAACAAACCAACGCCGGAGAAAACAAUCAACACACUGGUAGUGAUAAUUUGAUCAUCAGCCUUGCUAAUGGCCAGGAAGAAAAAGGAGAUACUAGUGAUGCACCUGCUCUGAAUAAUUCGAAUGGUACAUUCCAGUCCGUAAACGAGCAAAAGCAAGGACAAUAUUAGAAAUAGUGGCUCCAUUGUUUUUAAAGGAGACAACACGGGAAUUCCAUAUACUACACAAAUGGACGGAGGCGUGUACACGUAUUAAUAUACGGAGAUAAGACUUCUGCACAAAUGUCAACAUCAGAUAUUAUAAUACGAAUGUAUGCUUUACAUUUUACGUCUUAAUUUUUUGUUCUAUUUACAGUCAAUAUAAAUUGAGGACCUCAUGCAUAUUGUCGCACUCGUAUGCUAAUGUAUGUUAUUUAUCUUCAUUGAAUUUAUCUGCAACUAAAGAACUAAAGAAAUACAAUUUGUAUUGAUUGAAAUAGUAUGUUUUAGUUAUCGUUCAUAUUGUGAAUUUAUAAUUCACAAUAUAAACGAUAACAAAAUUUACAGUUUGACCUAUUUGUUUACGUACGCAAUUGAAUUUGAUUAAUAUGUAGACCUCCUACAGGAAAAUAACUGACUUUUUCUCUCUGGGCAAUUGAUGAGAAACAUUUUUCAAAAUUCAAACUCAUUACAGCGAUUCCAUUGGCGAAAAAGAAGGGCAAACUGUAAAUGAUGAUACAAUUAGGUACAUGAAAUUGGUUUAUACAGAGUGAAUAUUGUACUUGCUCUAAACAUUUGGAUGUUAACUCUCUAAUCUAUACAGUGUAUCGCAUCUAGCUAUGCUUAACUACAUAGGGUAAACACUAUUGUAAAUAUUUAAAAUAAUUAUCAAAUAAAUAAUUAUGCUAUAUAAUUACGAAAAUGACGUAAAAUAUAUUGCACAUAAAGGCAACCGAUUAAUCAUCAACUAUUAUAUAUUACUAUGGUUCAAUCCAGGAUAACGUUAUAUCAAUGCAAUAUAUAUCAAUUAAUAAAAUGUAUUUUGUAUAGUUGUUUUUUGCUACUUUGAUUAAUAUAAAUGUUUGUUAUGCAUGUAUGAAUGUGAGUUUUUGAUGUAUUUUGUAUUAUUUUUGACUGAUGAGUUUAUGAUAAUCUGGAUAAUAAAUGGUAAAUUCUG